UGCAUAAGCAAAGCAAAAUGUCAAAACGCACGUGCGCUGUUUUGUUUUGAAAUAUAUGCGGCCGCCUGCUCGCAUGGCGCUCAUCGAUGGAUUUUAGCCGGUUUUUCUAGUUUUACAUCGUUCUCCAAAGUGUUUUAAGCAUAAACCAUGAAAAUUCGUCCGCAGAAACACGCUCGGCUCGGUUUUUCCGGCAAGAAGCGCAAUCAGAGGCGUCACGGUGCCGGCGUACAGAAAACACGAAAAGAGCUGCGCAAGGAAAAACGGCAGCAGAAGAAGUUGAACCGUUUCAACUAUCACAACCGGAAGCGGCAGCAGCAUGGAAAGCCGGGUGACGAUGAGGAGCAACGGUUAAGUGGUGGCAAGAAAAAAAUGAAUCCCGAGGACAGCGAAGAGGAGGAAGAGGAUGAUUUCGAGGACGAGGAAAUUGAAUCAGAUUUUGAAGAUGAGGCUGAAGAGCAAUCCUCAACAAAAGUUUCCAGCAAUAAAGCUGAAGCAUCCGGAGGAGGUGGGGUAAUGGGCCAACUCGAGAAGGAACGUGAGCAGGAGAUGAGAGAGCUGCGAAGCUACGAGCAGGGUCUGAAGGAAAAGCGUAUCUCUCAACUGCAAGCGGCCAACGAAGAAGACGAAGCGAUCAUCAAGCGUUACGAAAAACUGUUGAAAAUCAAUCGUCGCAAAAAUAAGGAAGGAGUUCCGAAAAGCUUCAACGAUGGACUGGACUACUGUCUGGAGCUCUGUACGGACGACAACAUCCGGAAGAUGUAUGAAGCUGCUCGUGAAGCGGCCGAUUUGGAAGUCAACUCGGAGGACGAGUUCGAGAACGAUGUUCAGGAAGCGCUCGGUAAAAAGGGAAACAAAAAUAAACCUGAAAAGAAGGUGAUUGUUAAUGAUAAAAAGGGAAACAAGAAAAAGGAUGCUCAGCGCAUGGAAAGGCUGAAGAAGAUCGAGAAGAAAUACUUGGGAGACGAUGAUUUGGAUAGCUUGACUGGGUUCGAUUCUGAGAUCGAGAUUGAUUUGGAUGAGCACGCCGAAGAAGACUAUUCCGACAACGAUGAACUGUACGAGUCGGAUGAAAUGGAAGAUUCUGGAAGCGAUGCCCCGAGCGAUGAAAAUGAACCCAAGAAAAAGAAAGAUAAGAAAUCUAAGAAGGUUACUUUCGUUGAACAGGCUGAAGAAAAAUCAGCCAAAAAAGAUAAAAAGAAGAAAAAGGUCAAUAUCGAAGAACCCGAACCGGAGGAAGAUUCCGAAUUUGACGAGGAUGUAUUCGGCGGAGAUUCCGACGAAGACGAUGGCCUAGAUGAUCUCUUAGAUGGUAUUGAAUCUGACAAAGGAGAAGAUAACGAAGAGCAGCAACCUGCCCUUAAAGAGAAUGAACUUUGGGAAGAUAUUUAUGGAAGGAAACGUGAUCGCGAAGGAAAUGUUGUUAAAGAUCAGCCGACCGGUGGAAAAUAUAUUCCUCCACACAUGCGAGCACGAAUGGAAGCAGAAAAAGGUCUUGGGCAGGAUUCGAAGCGCCAAGAAAAGCUCCUUCGUUUGAAACGACAACUUAAAGGUCAAAUCAAUCGGUUGGCCGAAUCAAAUGUUCAUAGGAUAUCGAUCGAACUCGAUAACCUGUACAUGCAAAAUGCAAGAUUCGAUAUGAACAGUACCUUAACCACUCUGAUUCUGGAAGCUCUGUUAGCCCCGGUCCUGGCUUCCGAACGAAUGGUAUUGGAGCAUACGCUACUGGUUGCUAUUUUACACGCUAACGUUGGUUCCGAAGUAGGUUCGCACUUUCUGGAAACCGUUGUCGAAAAGUUCACUUCUCUAAUGGAUCAAAUCCAAUCACUGGAUGUUGAAGAUAAAUCGCUGGACAAUUCUGUCCUCAUUUUGUGCCACUUGUUCACGUUUCAAAUUUUGAAAAACAAACUGAUAUACGACGUGAUCGAUCGGUUGAUUGCACAGUUCAACGAAAAGGCUGUCGAAUGCAUUCUACUGGUUCUUCGGUCGAUUGGGUUUGUUCUACGGAAAGACGACCCAUUAGCGCUAAAAGAAAUGAUACAGAAAGUCCAAAAGCGUGCCUCUGAAGUUCCCGCGGAACUGAAGAAUGACACUCGGGUAAAAUUCAUGUUGGACACACUUCUAGCCGUAAAAAACAACAACAUGAACAAAAUUCCCCAAUACGAUCCAUCCCUGGUGGAACACUUUCGAAAGCUCCUUAAAGGCAUGAUCACCCAAGGCAAAUACGUGAGCAGUUUAAACAUCGGUUUGGAAGAUCUGCUUCGAAUCGACGAACGAGGCAAGUGGUGGCUCGUUGGCUCUGCCUGGCACGGAAAACAAGACGGAAAAGACGCCGCCAAAAACGGAUCACUUCCAUCUGAUAGUGGAGCCUUCAGUCAACAGCUGUUGGAGUUGGCCCGAAAACAACGAAUGAACACCGACGAUAAGCGUAACGUUUUCUGCGUUAUCAUGAGCGCCGAAGACUAUCUGGAUGCGUUCGACAAAAUUCUUCGGCUUUCGAUCAAGGACCAAAGGAUUGUGGCCACGGUGUUGUUGCACUGUUGUCUGGCCGAAAAAGAUUACAAUCCUUAUUACAGUGUAUUGGCGCAAAAGUUUUGUGAGUACGAUCGAAGAUACCAGCUGGCGAUUCAGUUUGCCAUCUGGGAUCGGCUGAAGGACAUACACUCGCUGAAGCAGGCACCUGUGAAAAAUCUAGCUAAGCUACUUACUCACUUGAUCAGUGAAGGAGGGUUAGCACUUUCGGUACUCAAAGUAAUCGAAUUUGCCGAAAUCGAUAAACUUACGCUACGUUUGGUCCGACAGACCAUGUUGGGGAUUCUGUUGAAUGAGGAUGAGAAUAAGUGUUUGCAGGUUUUCAACAGAGUUGCUCCUAGUUUUAAGUUGAAAGGUUUCAAGGAUAGCUUGCGACUGUUUUUACAUCAUUUUCUGCUCAAAGGAAGCAGUAAAACAGAAGAAAGUGAAGAGCUUCGUUUGCUUCAGGAAAGAAUUCGGAUGGCUGAUCGAAUGUUGGACACUUCGGAGAGUAGGGUGCACUUUUAGAAUAAAAAAAAAUGCACAGAUUUUUAUAAACGAACUUUGUAAAAAGGAUUUUUGUGUUUCAUCACUUUUUUGUGAAAGAAAAUUCCAUAAUAAUAUUUUAGAAUAGUUUAGUUUUUAUCACUCGUUCGAUGUUGUCCAUCUUCUCCAGCUUGGACGGACACAACCAGGAAAAUAUUGCUCGGGAAACUAAGUAACCCUGGAUCAACAAAGAAACGCCACACAGCUUAGGCACCAAAUG